CCACUAACAAAAAAGUUGCCCUCGUCAUCAACAUCAUCGCCAUCACCAUCGAUCCCGUCACAAUGCAGAGAGGCUCCUACGGCCAGUCGCCGCCCUUGCACCACCCUGUGCCCCAGCAUGUCUCGACCGUGCCGCAGCUGCGAUCCCCGCCGCCGCCUCCUGGCUCUGCGCAAUCCCAUGGCUAUGGGAGCAACCCGUACCAGCAGCAACAGCAGCAGCAGGGCGGUACGUCGGGCAAUGUGUUCGGCAUGUACGGACAGUUUAUGAAUGAUCCUGCGGCUCAGGUGGCUGCGCAGUUUGGCCAGACUGCGUUCAAGCAGGGUCAGGAAUACAUGGAACAAAACAUUGGCCGCUACGUCAACGUGUCCGCCCUCAAGCACUACUUUAACGUCUCGAACUCGUACGUCGUCAACAAGCUCUUCUUGGUUCUCUUCCCCUGGCGCCACAAGCCGUGGUCUCGCAAGCAGACAUCGAAUAACGGCCAGGAGGGAUGGUAUAUGCCCCCUCGAGACGACAUUAACAGCCCCGACAUGUACAUUCCUGUCAUGGCCCUCGUCACAUUCAUCUUGCUCUCGACACUGAUAGCUGGUCUCCGCGGCGACUUCAAGCCCGAGUUGCUUGGAUAUAACACGACAAAGGGUCUGCUGGUAGUUAUUGUGGAGAUCUUUGCCCUCAAGCUUGGAUGUUACCUUCUCAGCAUCUCCAGCCAGUCUCAGCUCUUCGAUCUGAUUGCCUACUCGGGCUACAAGUUUGUUGGCAUCAUCACCACUAUUACCAUUGCCGAAAUCUUCAACGGCGGCGCUGGCACCGGCGGUUACGUCGGCUGGAUUGUCUUUCUCUAUACAUUUUUGGCCAACUCGCUGUUCCUGAUGCGAUCACUCAAAUACGUGCUCCUACCCGAGGCUACCGGCCAGCCCGGCAUGCAGACCGACUCGAGAGCAAAGAAGAGCCAGCGCACACAGUUCCUCUUCUUCUACUCCUACAUUGUCCAGUUCUUCUUCAUGUGGAUUCUGACCCGACCUUGAGAGGUGCGUUCCUGCACCACGCGCAAGAGGAAACACUUUGCAUGAAAGUUCAUGGGAAGAGUCAAGAAACAUCAAAAGACCAUGGCCAAGCAACACUGGGUAUAGAGGGGUUCAAAAUACAAAAAAUCUGUAAUACUUUUAUAUCAACGGCGAAGAGUAUAAAACCACUCGUACGUUGAGCAGCCGCUUCUCAUAGAGCACGGCUGGACGGUUGACGAAUAUUCAUCUGGAGUCAAGGAAGGAUCGAUCUUAUUGUAUCUAGCAUUUUGAUGACAGCUAAUCAAACUUAAUUACUUC